GCAAAGCAAACCUAAAAAACCCGAAUACCUAACCUAAAAGCAAACCCAACCCAAAUAGUAAAGCAAAAGUCUCUCUUGUUUUUCAUUCCUCAAAGCAACCCCCACCAAAAUUCCAAGCUUUUCUUGCUUAAACACACACACACACACACACAACACACACACAUAAAUUUCCACAAAACUUGGAGGAAGGAAUAUUAUUACAAGUGAAGAUUUGGUCUGAACAAAAAAAAAUGGGAACUCUGGCGGCGGCUGCUUCAGUGCUCCCACCACAGAUGAUGAAACAAGCAGCUUCGUUUGCGGAGAACAGAACAAGAAAGAAUCACUCCAUAGUCCCUGUGGCGAGGCUGUUUGGGCCGGCUAUAUUUGAGGCAUCAAAGCUGAAGGUACUGUUUUUGGGAGUGGAUGAAAAGAAGCAUCCGGGGAAGCUUCCAAGAACUUACACACUUACACACAGUGACAUCACCUCUAAGAUCACUCUUGCCAUCUCUCAGACCAUUAACAAUUCCCAGUUGCAAGGAUGGUACAAUAGACUACAAAGAGAUGAAGUGGUGGCAGAGUGGAAAAAAAUAAAAGGGAAAAUGUCACUUCAUGUACAUUGUCACAUUAGUGGUGGUCAUUUCCUUUUGGACCUUGUUGCUAGGCUCAGAUACUACAUCUUCUGCAAAGAACUUCCUGUGGUUUUGAAGGCAUUUGUGCAUGGAGAUGAGAAUCUUCUGAACAAUUACCCCGACCUACAAGAGGCAUCGGUAUGGGUUUAUUUCCACUCCAACAUCCCGGAAUUCAACAAGGUCGAGUGCUGGGGCCCACUGAAGGAUGCCACAGCCUCCUUCGACAGGGCCGCCGGCGGGGCCCACAUUGAGAAUAAAUCAGGUACUCCGCAGCCUUGCCAAGAAAGCUGCACCUGCUGUUUUCCACCAAUGAGCUCCGUUCCUAUUUGGCCUCAAAAUAUCGCGACGAAUGAGGUUGACGCCACGAAAGGGCUUGAUCAGCAGAAUUUGGCCUCGGGUGAAUCUUCGUCGUGGAAUUAAUUUUAUUUGGAGAUUUUAUUUUUACCAAAUAUUGAAGAUAUUAGUGUUUUUAUUUGAAAUUUGAAAAAAAAAAAAAAAACGUGUAAAUAUUAAGCUAGCUAGUUUCUAGGCGUAUUUAUUAUUGGUUUGUGUUUUUAUUUGUUUGUCAGUGGAGCCGACAAGUGAAGAAAAAGAAAUUUCAUGUCACAUGUUUAUAAGAAUUUGAAGGAGGACCUUAUAUUGUGUAGUACUACUAUUUUUGAUGUAAUGUAUGUUGUCAUUUAUCCAAUGUUUAGGGUCAAUUA